GUCCUUCCGCCCGAUAGAGGGCGCCGUGCGACGUACAGCGUAACUCGGAGUGUCCGGCCCUUCUCUGAGGACUUCCUGUCUGAUCUCGCUGGUGCGUUAACUGCGGCGAUCGACGUUCUUCAAGUCACAGUAAACAAAAGAGACGUGCGCCGACCCGGAAGUGGAAGCUGUAGUUCGCGUUCUGGCCGGCCGGAAGGAGACAGAAGGGAAGUGGUAGCCAUGGCUGUGGCCGUGGCUACUGCCGGGGUCCUAAUGGGCACGGAGCCCGGCCCCGCGGAAGAGCUCGCUAAACUCGAGUACCUGUCUUUGGUGUCGAAAGUUUGCACGGAGCUGGACAAUCACUUGGGCAUCAACGACAAGGAUCUGGCUGAAUUUGUGAUUAGUCUUGCUGAGAAAAAUACCACCUUUGAUACUUUUAAGGCUUCCCUGGUCAAAAAUGGUGCAGAAUUCACAGAUUCUCUUAUCAGCAACCUGCUGCGUCUCAUACAAACCAUGCGUCCUCCAGCAAAGCCUUCUACUAGCAAAGAUCCAGUUGUUAAACCCAAAACUGAAAAGGAGAAGCUGAAGGAACUCUUCCCUGUCCUUUGCCAACCAGACAACCCUUCAGUUCGGACCAUGUUGGAUGAGGAAGAUGUGAAAGUCGCUGUGGAUGUUUUGAAAGAGCUAGAAGCUUUAAUGCCCAGUGCAGCAGGCCAAGAGAAACAAAGAGACACUGAGCACAGGGACAGGACAAAGAAAAAGAAGAGGAGUCGGAGCCGAGACCGCGACAGAGACCGAGACCGAGACCGGGACCGGGACAGGGACCGAGACAAGGACCGAGAGCGAGACAGAGACCGAGAGCGAGACAGAGAGCGAGAUAGAGAUAGAGACCAUAAGCGGAGACAUCGAUCCCGCUCUCGGUCACAUUCCAGAACACGGGAGAGGACUAAGGGGAAGUCUAGAUACCGGUCCAGGAGCAGAAGUCAGAGUCCCUUCAAAGAUCGAAAGGACCGGGAAAAGUAUGGGGAGAGGAAUCUGGACAGAUGGCGGGACAAGCAUGUGGACCGCCCUCCCCCUGAGGAGCCUGCCAUUGGGGACAUCUACAAUGGCAAAGUGACCAGCAUCAUGCAGUUUGGGUGCUUUGUGCAGCUGGAGGGCCUCAGGAAGCGGUGGGAAGGCCUGGUGCACAUCUCUGAGCUCCGACGGGAAGGCCGAGUGGCCAAUGUGGCUGAUGUUGUGAGCAAAGGCCAGAGGGUGAAGGUCAAAGUACUGUCCUUCACUGGGACCAAGACCAGCCUGAGCAUGAAGGAUGUGGAUCAAGAAUCAGGAGAGGAUCUAAACCCAAAUCGGCGUCGAAAUCUUGUCGGGGAGACCAACGAAGAGACGUCAAUGCGGAACCCUGACAGACCCACUCACCUCUCCCUCGUCAGUGCGCCUGAAGUAGAAGACGACUCACUGGAGCGCAAGCGACUCACCCGGAUCUCUGACCCGGAGAAGUGGGAGAUCAAACAGAUGAUUGCUGCCAAUGUGCUUUCCAAGGAAGAGUUUCCAGACUUUGAUGAAGAGACCGGCAUUCUCCCUAAGGUGGAUGAUGAAGAAGAUGAAGAUCUUGAAAUUGAGCUAGUUGAGGAGGAGCCUCCGUUCCUGAGAGGGCACACAAAGCAAAGCAUGGAUAUGAGCCCCAUCAAGAUUGUUAAGAACCCAGAUGGCUCACUCUCCCAAGCAGCCAUGAUGCAGAGUGCCCUGGCCAAGGAGAGGCGGGAACUGAAGCAGGCCCAGAGGGAAGCUGAGAUGGACUCUAUACCCAUGGGACUCAACAAACACUGGGUUGAUCCCCUGCCUGAUGCGGAGGGCAGGCAGAUCGCUGCCAACAUGAGGGGCAUUGGGAUGAUGCCCAACGACAUUCCUGAGUGGAAGAAGCAUGCCUUUGGGGGCAACAAAGCGUCUUAUGGGAAGAAGACCCAGAUGUCAAUCCUCGAGCAGAGGGAGAGCCUGCCCAUCUACAAACUGAAGGAGCAGCUGGUGCAGGCUGUGCAUGACAAUCAGAUCCUAAUCGUAAUUGGAGAGACGGGAUCUGGGAAGACCACACAGAUCACCCAGUACCUGGCAGAGGCAGGCUACACUUCGAGGGGCAAGAUCGGGUGUACCCAGCCUAGAAGAGUGGCAGCCAUGUCCGUGGCCAAAAGAGUGUCAGAGGAGUUUGGUUGUUGUCUUGGUCAGGAGGUGGGCUACACCAUUCGAUUUGAGGAUUGCACCAGCCCAGAAACAGUUAUCAAGUAUAUGACAGACGGCAUGCUGCUGAGAGAGUGCCUGAUUGACCCUGACCUCACUCAGUAUGCCAUCAUCAUGUUGGAUGAGGCACACGAGAGGACCAUUCACACAGACGUGCUCUUUGGGUUGUUGAAGAAGACAGUGCAAAAACGACAAGACAUGAAGCUGAUUGUCACCUCAGCCACCUUGGAUGCGGUGAAGUUUUCUCAGUACUUCUAUGAAGCGCCCAUCUUCACCAUCCCUGGUCGAACCUAUCCAGUGGAAAUACUGUACACAAAGGAGCCUGAGACAGACUAUUUGGAUGCCAGUCUGAUUACUGUCAUGCAGAUCCAUUUAACAGAGCCACCAGGUGAUAUCUUGGUUUUCUUGACUGGUCAGGAAGAAAUUGAUACUGCCUGUGAGAUCCUGUAUGAGAGAAUGAAGUCGCUGGGCCCUGACGUCCCCGAGUUAAUCAUCUUGCCAGUGUACUCUGCCCUCCCCAGUGAGAUGCAGACCCGAAUCUUUGAUCCAGCUCCUCCUGGCAGCAGAAAGGUCGUGAUUGCCACCAACAUCGCGGAAACAUCACUGACCAUCGACGGCAUCUACUAUGUGGUUGACCCUGGAUUUGUGAAGCAGAAAGUUUACAAUUCUAAAACAGGGAUCGACCAGCUUGUGGUGACACCGAUUUCUCAGGCUCAGGCUAAGCAGAGAGCUGGCAGAGCUGGGAGAACUGGCCCAGGCAAGUGUUACAGGCUAUACACAGAACGUGCCUACCGAGAUGAAAUGCUCACCACCAAUGUGCCGGAAAUCCAGAGAACCAACCUGGCCAGCACAGUGCUGUCCCUCAAGGCCAUGGGCAUUAAUGACCUGCUGUCCUUUGACUUCAUGGAUGCCCCACCGAUGGAAACUCUGAUCACAGCCAUGGAGCAGCUGUAUACACUGGGCGCCCUAGAUGACGAGGGCCUGCUCACUCGCCUAGGCCGCAGGAUGGCAGAGUUUCCUCUGGAGCCAAUGCUCUGCAAAAUGCUCAUCAUGUCUGUGCAUCUGGGCUGUAGCGAAGAGAUGCUGACUAUUGUGUCCAUGCUGUCCGUGCAGAAUGUCUUCUACCGACCCAAGGAUAAACAGGCCCUUGCAGAUCAGAAGAAGGCCAAAUUCCACCAGACGGAAGGGGACCAUCUCACCCUGCUGGCUGUCUACAACUCCUGGAAGAACAACAAAUUCUCCAACCCGUGGUGCUAUGAGAACUUUAUCCAGGCUCGUUCCCUACGCCGGGCCCAGGAUAUUCGCAAGCAGAUGCUAGGCAUAAUGGACAGGCACAAGCUGGAUGUGGUUUCCUGCGGGAAGUCCACAGUCCGAGUGCAGAAGGCCAUCUGCAGCGGGUUCUUCCGGAAUGCUGCCAAGAAGGACCCACAGGAGGGUUAUCGGACCCUGAUUGACCAGCAGGUGGUCUAUAUCCAUCCUUCCAGUGCUCUCUUCAACAGGCAGCCGGAAUGGGUGGUCUACCAUGAACUGGUGCUGACCACCAAGGAAUACAUGCGUGAGGUCACCACCAUUGACCCCCGGUGGCUGGUGGAGUUUGCUCCAGCUUUCUUCAAGGUCUCCGACCCCACCAAGCUAAGCAAGCAGAAGAAGCAGCAGCGCCUGGAGCCUCUGUAUAACCGCUAUGAGGAGCCGAAUGCCUGGAGAAUCUCCCGAGCCUUCCGGCGGCGCUGAACGACAGCUGAGCACACACUCAACUCUCCUGCAGCACAUGGCUUCCUCUGGCUGAUGACAAGCUGGUCCUGUGAUGGCCUAUUUUCCAAACCUGUCUUCAUAGUGUACGAUAGAAACAGACUUAAGCAGGACUUUGGCCAGAGCCUUUAAUCUCGGGAGGCAGAGGCAGGUGGAUCUCUGAAUACGAGGCCAACCUGGUCUGCAGAGCUAGUUCAGGGUUAGCCAGGGCUACACAUUAGAGAAACCCUGUCUCAGAAAAUCACACACACACACACAAGUCAGGCAAGUUGUUCAUCCUGGCAUGGGUGAUGCAUGACACACAGCAAGGGCCCUGAUACCCCAGCCUGUGCUUGCUGAAGGAAUGAACUGUGACACUCAUGUCCCAUGUUGACCUCAUUCCCUACCCUUCCCCAGCCUCUGUACUUGGAUUUUUACCUCCUGGAAAUAUUUAUUUUAUUAAGGAAACAAUGGUUUAUUAUGACUUUUUAUUGUCGGGAGAGCAGCUGAAAUGUCAGUCUCUCAGCCCAAGUUCAGUGUGGGGCCCUUGGUGGAGUCUCCUAACAGCAGAACCUCUCUGGGUCCAGGAACGAUGCUAAGGCCAAACCUCCAGUCUGUCAGCACCACUGGGGCUAGCUCAGCCUUGACAGCACAUGGCCCCAGAUUAACCAAGUUGUGCAGAGUGCUUCAGGCUAGUGCCUGGUGUUUGGGGAUGUGGCAUCUGAACACAAAGCUCUCCUCAAUCCCUUGUCCUUCCUGUC